UAAAGGCAUGGCUUCCAUGCAUGAUAGAUAUUCCCCAGCUUUUUGGGAUAUGGAUGUAUGGAUGGAUGAUGAGAAAUCUUUCAUGUUCCAAAAAUAGAUCUACAUUAUCAUGAAACAGGACCCUUGAUUUUAACUUUCUCGGUGGUGAAGAUAUCGUAUUGAAGCAACCAAUUUGUCAAUUUUUUAAACUUCUUUUCGAGUGUGAAGUGUGGGAAUGGGACGGAACUGGAGCUCUUAUCAUUGAUCAUCAAUCCCUUUUUACCGAAAGACUCUUUCUACCAAUGGAAGGGAUUAUCAUUUGUGGAGAAUCUUGAGCUGUCACUCAAUUCUGGGAAUUCUACGAGUCGGCUGCGUUGCUUGAUUUGCUCGAUUCGUUGCGGGUAAGGCUCCAAAAUAAAGAUCUCGCCUUAUGAAACGAAACGGUUCUAAGAAAAAACAUCUCGAGCCACUUUAUAUCAUCACCCCUCUUAAACGGUCAAACCCCUUCCACCCUUCAACCCUUCAACCCUUCAACCCCUUUUAGUCGUUCAUCUGAAUUCGAUAUCUAUUGUUUGCGCCAAAUCAUUUACAUCUGCCAAGUAUCUAAAGUAUUGACACCAGACAUACUACACCAGAAUGUCGGAGUUAAAGAAUGCCAAAGGUCUCAGCAAUGAGGAAAUCCAAGCAUAUAGAGAUGCUUUCUCCAUUUUCGAUAAAGACGGUGAUGGAACCAUUUCCACCGCCGAACUCGCAGAAGCAAUGAAAUCUUUGGGACAAAAUCCAUCAGAUGCAGAAAUUCAGGAUAUGAUCAAUGAGGUUGAUGUUGAUCAAUCUGGAACAGUCGAUUUUGAUGAAUUCCUUAAGAUGAUGACUGCCGAAACAAAGGGCGUUGAUUUUGAACAAGAAAUGCGCAGCGCUUUCCAAGUAUUCGAUGUUGAUGGAAGUGGCACAAUUUCCCCAGAAGAAAUCUACAAGUUGAUGGCAUCUCUAGGAGAGAAUUUGUCAGAGGACGAGAUUAAGAGUAUGGUGAAGGAGGUUGAUAAGAAUGGUGACGGAAGCAUAGAUUAUGAGGAAUUCGUUUCAUUCAUUCGCGACAACAAAUAAGGAAUCAGCACUAAUUGGGGGAAAUUUAUGAAAUUGGGAGAAAUUUUGGAUCUCAUAUGAAGUUACAUAAAAUACCAUAGGAAUACACACCAUUUUGUUCUAGCCGUCUUUUUCAAUGGGAAUGAAAGUUUCAUUCAUGCUAUAUACAUGGAUCAAGUGAGCGUCGUCAGUAUCAUCACGAAUGUAGCA